AUGGCAGGAAAACGAGCUCCCGAAGUGGCAGCUGGAUGCAUCCCAGCCGUGUUUGACGCCAUUGCAGGGCAGGCAUUGACUGAAGUCCUGCUUGCCUCGCCGCUGCCGCUUUCUGCAGAGCAGCAAGCCGUGCUUGUUUCCGAAUUCCACGGCGCUCGUGAUCACAUGAGGCUUGUCCUGCUGUCCAAGCUCGCCCAUUGGCAGAGACUGCCGUGGCUUCUGUGCGGUUUAGCUCACCCCGACGAGGAUGUGGGGCGGCGAAUCGCGCAAGACAUCAAGGACAUGCUGCAGCAAUCACCUAACCAUGUUUUGCAUCACCGGCUGACGAAGAAAUUCCUUUCGGAUCCUUUGCGUGCAGAGCUGUGUCGGUUUGCUGAAGGGGAACGUUUUAUCAACUUGAGUCGUGAUUUUCAAUUGGCCGUGGCACCUCUUCAUUUCAUCCCAGUGGUCGAAAGCAUCAUUGAGUCCAAGCAUGCUGUAACUACCAGACUACACAAGCGAAGCACCCAUGCCGGCCCAGUGCAGGUCAGUCUUUACAACCGCAUGGUCAUUUUGGAACGAAGAUUUGAAAGAGAGGCAUCAUGUGACCCUGUGAACAAUUUCUUUGACAGGAUGAGUCAGGCUUUGGCACUGUCAAGGCGUUUGGGAACAAUGCCUGCCAAGCUGGGUUUGCAGCGCCACCCGCUGCUUGUUGAGUUGGAGAACAGGCGUGGCCGUCAAGACGUCAGUGCUUACUUGCAAAAGAAACAACACUCCCAGUAUCACAAGCGAAAUCAGGAAGAGAUGAAAUCUGCUAUGGCAGAUGCCAGUGCACAGGGCCGGCAAGAGCCUUUGUCGGAUGUCGUGAGGCAAGGCCUCAUCUUGGACCAUUUCCGUUUUCUCGGAGAGGUGAAGCCUUCAGCCAGCGAUGCGACUGUCUUGUUUUCCGCGCCUGCCAGCUCGAGCUUUGCGUUGCAAGGUUUGUCGGAUUUCUUCAGCAGGCCUGAGCAGAGAGCGAUGAAGCCUCAUUUGGGCCAAGCUUUGGAGUGUGACCAUGAAGGAGAUGGUGAUGAUUCCAUGCCAUACUUUUUCACAUUAACCAAAGCUAGGCCAAGCAACAACAAACGUAUGUAUGUUCACCCUGGGGCCGGCCAGUCGCUGAAACCUGAUCAUGUCGCAGUUGCUUUGCAUCCGGCUUCUCGUGGUGAGUCGGGUCAGUUUAUCGUUUCAGCCCAACGAGGCGGCAAACAACAAGGACGUGACAAUCUGGCUAUUGUGACCUCUUUAGGCAGCUGUGCGACUGAGAUUGAGUCCGACCUGAAAAUGUGGUCUGUGGCCCCGCAGCUCAGGUAUUCGUUUGAGGGGGGGACAGAGGCUAUGUGCAAGGUUGUCACGAAGAUGGUUGUCGAAGGGUACCGUGUUGACAAGGAUGGUUUUCAUGUGCCAGGCUUCGAUGUCCAGUCUGAGGCCGAUUCGUUGUGCAAACAAGGGCUGAUGGCCUCCGAUUCGCUUGGGGGCUAUGCACUAACUGCGCAAGGCAUGAAACAGCUUCAAGUCCAGUGGCGAGAGAUUGCGCCUUACAAACCUGGGGAAAGCAUGUUCUGGUAUUCCACGCAUGCUGUGCCUCCAAAGUCUUACUUCUUGGCUUUGCUCCGAGCAGAGGAGAUCGUGGCAGUGGGAGUCCACCAGCAUAUUCCACAUGGGCAGGACAGCAAGAUUUAUGAAGCAAUCUUGGCGGGGCAGCCAGCUGUUUACUCGCUGAUCAAGCGGCGUCAGAAGAUGACCAAGCAGCUGGAGGUCGACGGAGAGAUGUUGGUUGGCACUGCCCCGAAGCGGCGUCGAGGCCGUGCUUGCAGUGCUGCUGUUUUGGUUGAUGCUUCCUGUGGCGACCAGGAAAUGCGUCAAAACCAGCUGAUCGUGAUGCUCUGCCAUCCGGUGCCUUUGGGCGAUGCAGACCCUCCUGCUCUUGACGAUGACCAUGCUGUGCAGUCAACGGACGAUGCUGAAGAGGCAGGCUCUGCUGCUUCAAAUCAGGCUGAGAGUUUGGAUGAGGGGGGAAUUGGCGAUAUCCUGGAAGAGUUGUCAGCACAGAUGGCAGCGGGUGGGGCUAGUGACGAUCCUGAGCUUGCUCGCGAAGAGCCAGCGUUCAUCCCGCCGCCGCCGCCUCCUCACGAUCCAGAAGACGAAGUUGCUGGUGCUAGGGACUUGUUGUCUUCGAGUCGCUUCGGUUCGUUCACUAUAGUUCCAAAGCAGCCUCAGUCCAAAGGCGGAGGUACUUAUGGAGGUUACCAAGGAUCCUGCAGAUUCCACAAGAAAAACACUCUGACGGGCUGCAAAAGAUUCAUAUCCAUAAAAGGUCCUACAGACGAUGACCGCCAAGCUGCGUUCAAUCAGAUCCUGUAUUGGUGCACACAAGCACGUGACUUCAAUCGCCAGAGGUUGCACAUCCGGGCAUCGGUGCUACCCACACCUCCGCGUGAUCUGCUGCUGGCAAGGAGGAUAGAUGAGGUGCCCACAGAUGUUCAGGACGACGAUGAGCUGGACCGAGCAGAUGCUGCUGCAGCUAGACCCGCUGCGAAACGGAAAGCGAAGCCGAAGGCAUCCACAGCCAAACCCAAGGCCCGUAGCAAAGCCAAAGCAGCGGCGGCUCCUUCUGCUCCCAGUGAUGAAGCAGCUUCAGACCCGCCCAGCAGCGAUAGCAGUGAUGACAGUGACAAGUCUGAUCAGUCUGCGUCGACUAGUGAUAGCAGUAGCUCUUCCACGUCGUCGUCCUGA